AUGCAUAUAUCUCCAUUCUCGAUCCUCUUAUCUCUUCCCCACCUCUUAACUCUCGUCUCUGCCGCCGCAAACCCCAUAGGCCCGAAUCCAAAUUCCAAACGCGGUCUUGUCUACGUCCCCAGCAAAGACCACCCAGAGGACGAUAAUAUCUGGAUACAAUCCGGGUCUCCGCUAACAUGGUACUACAACUAUGAAAGCAAACCCUCGCCGCGUCUUGAAGGUGGGCCCACAAAACUCCAGUUCGUACCCAUGUUAUGGGGCGAUUACGACAACACUUUUGUUCAAGAUGUGAAGGGCCUUGUGGAUCAAGGGUAUGAUAUCGAGUAUGUGUUGGGUUUCAACGAGCCGGAUAUUUCUGCGAAUGAGGGAACUGGAGGCAGUGGUAUCGCCCCGGAGGCUGCGGCCGCGAGGUGGAAGGAGUCGAUAGAACCUUUGGCGGAAAUGGGUAUCAAACUCGGUGCGCCAUCUGUAACUGGGGCACCGAGUGGAUUGGAAUGGUUGAAAGCGUUCUUUGCUGCCUGCGAAAGCUGUACUUUCGACUUCGUCCCGCUCCACUGGUACGGAAACUUCGAUGGUGUAGCUAGUCAUUUGGGAACAUACUCCGCAGCCUUUCCGAACAUGACAUUCUGGCUCACCGAAUUCGCACUCGCCCAUGAAGAUGUCGCACCCUCGCAAGAGUUCUUCAACUUAACAAUGGAAUACUUCGACAGACUGGAUAAUGUUGGACGGUAUUCGUGGUUCGGAUCAUUCCGAAGUGACGUUAGCAAUGUCGGACCAAAUUCGGCGUUGCUUAAUCAAGAUGGCGGAUUGACAUAUAUUGGUGCCUGGUAUCUGAACAAAAAUGAAAAUGAAGCCGCGUCGAUAACUGGAAAAGGGAGCAGUGAUGCCUCUGUAUUGGGUGUGAGCGCCAUCAAGUCUUUUGGUGUAACCGUCUUUGUCGCGGUGCUUGUUUCUUGGAUUUUGUGA